AUGGAGCCGCGCGAGUUUGCUCGCUUUGUGGAUAAAUACCGAGCAGAGCUUAUCCAGAGGGUUACCGUGGUGAUGCCCCUGGCAGAUGAGCUGCUGUCACUGGGCAUGCUCCAUGAGGAGACGUACUCACAGAUCAGUGCAGCCAGGACCAGUCAGGAGAAAAUGAGGGAGCUCUUUACUGCACUGCACUCUGGAGGAGACAGAGUCAAAUCUGCCUUUUACUGUACACUGAGAGACAACCAGCCACACCUGCUCCAAGACCUGGAAGAGCAGAGAAUUGGUGAUCUGAGUAUCAAGUCAUCAGCUCUGACUGGAGGUCCUGUUGUAGCACCAGGGCAUAAACACACAUCAGACCUGAUCUUGGUCAGUCUGAAACAGAAGGAGAUGAUCUGCUCUGAAUAUGCAUAUGUGACAGAGUAUAACUCCCUCCCUGGUGAACAUGUGCUGCUGACUGACCGUUACACUGAGCUGCUGAUCAUUCAGAGACACAGAGAACAGAGUGAGAGAGAGAAAGAGAUUCGCUCCAGAGGAGAGAAGUUCUUUCAUAUCAGAGACAAUGAGGUAUACACAAAUGUCACUGUGGAGAAGUUCUUCAGUCCAGAUGAUCAUGGACUCAUUCCAAAAGCAGUUGUUCUCCAGGGAAAUUCUGGAAAUGGUAAAUCCUUCACUGCUCUGAAGAUUAUGUUGGAUUGGGCAUCUGGAACAGUCUAUAAAGAUAACUUUGAUUUUAUUUUUCAUCUGAGGUGUAAAGAAUUUAGCCAAAUUUUUUGGGAGAAGAGUCUGGUGGAGCUCCUGAGAUACAGUCAGACUUUAACACCAGCACAGAUCUCACAGAUAUUACAGCACUCACCAGAGAGAGUUCUCUUCCUCAUAGACGGCUUUGAUGAGCUCAAACUCUCACAAGACAACAUGUCCAACCUGUCACUGCCCACUGAUAUCCAAACUCCAGCCUCACCUGUGUCCACUCUGAAAGCCCUGCUGAGUGGACGCCUGCUGUCUGAGUCCUUCCUGCUGGUCACCACCAGGUCUACAGCUACAGACACACUGAGCAAGCUGCUCAAAAAACAACCCCAGCGUUUCACAGAGAUUAUGGGCUUCUCGGAGAGGGGGGUGAAGGAGUACUUCCAGAGGUUCUUUAAAGAUGAUCAGCUCUUACAGACACAGGCAUAUGAGCAUGUGAAGGCAAAUGAAACCCUCUUCACUGCCUGCUUCAUCCCUGUGAUCUGCUGGAUCAUCUGCACAGUUUUCAGGGAGAGAUACAAAGAUGGUAUAGAAUUAACCAAUGGUUUGGAUACAACCACCUCCAUAUAUGUUGACUUUGUGUCCACUCUGCUGGAGCACCACUGCCAGGGUUUGAGUCAGUCUGUCCCCAGCCUGCUGAGGAGUCUGGGCCAGCUGGCAGAGAGAGGGAUGCUGGAACAGCAAGUCCUGUUUGAUAAGAAGAGUGUGUCUGAGACAGUCUCAGAUCCUGCUAACAUUCCAUUCCUGUGUAAAUUUCUCUUUAGGAGGAAAAUCCGCCAAGAGACAAUGUUCAGUUUCAUGCAUCUCAGCUUUCAGGAGUUCUUCACUGCUCUUUACUAUGUCCUAAUGAGUGACGGAGAGUCUCAAAUGAAAGUGACAGAUUUGCUUCAACUUUUAAGGACAUCAGGGUACGAAAACAUUGAGAAACUGUCCCUCCUGCCAGUGAUCCAGUUUAUCUGUGGUCUUUCUAAUAAAGACGUGAGCAGCUCUCUCAUGGAGUCACAGAGUUUGUCUGUUUCUGUCACCAUCCAAGACCAAAUAAAGGAAUGGAUCCUUACCUUCCUUGAGGAAAGGGGCAUGUCUUGGGUUUCGUCUAUGAGGACAUUCAUCCUUCAUUGUCUCUAUGAGCUCCAUGAAGAGGACUUUGUGAGGAAAGCUAUGGAGAGCUGGGAAAAUAUUUAUUUUUCCGGUACUCCCCUGAGGAGGACAGACUGUUGGGUGCUGCAGUACUGUCUACAGUUUUGUCCACACAUCAGAAAACUCACUAUGAAGCGCUGCAGUAUCACACCAGAGAAACUGAAGAUUCUUCAGUCUGCAGUGUGCAGGAGUGAGGCGUUAGUGUUGGGGAUAGAGAACCUGUCAGAUGAUGAUGUAGGUGUUCUGGUCUCAGCUCUGGAAGAAGGAAAGGACCUCAUAUACCUGGGACUGUGGAACAGUGAUCUGUCAGAUCAGGGUGUGCAACGGAUCCUGAACUCUCUCAACAAACAGAAGUCUGUGCAGGAACUUUACCUCAAAGUGAAAACCAUCACUAUUAACACUGCUGUUAUGAUCACAGAAUUUAUCCAGAAUAAACUGAAUAUGGGGAAAAUAAGUGUUGAGACGGAGGAGGACAGUGUUUUGAGUCUCUGCUCAUCUCUCAGCGUGUCAGACAGGAACUUCAGAGCCAAAGUCCUCAGGUCUCCAGAGUUGGGGUUGAAUGACCGGCUGGAUGCUCUACUGUCUUUCCUGAACUCUGUGUCUGGUCUGAAGAAAGUGGAUCUGAGUGUGAACAGUCUGACUGAGAGCUGGGCUGCCAGGAUCCUUUCCUUCAUGCAGACUCAAUCUCAAUGCCCCAGUCUACAGGACAUAAGGUGGACAUGCACUAAAACCUCAGACCAGUGCACUGAACUGUGGCAUCCCAAAGACAGCUGCAACCUGGUAGUGAAUCUUCAGUCGUGUGGAGAGAAUUUUAAGUAA